AUGCCCCAGCUCUCAUAUACACCACCACACGUGAUACAGCCGUCCCCCACCGCCACUGGAAGCCCAAACUGCCACCCCACUGCCCUCUGCCGCCCCACUGCCCUCUGCCGCCCCACUCUGCCGCCCCACUCUGCCGCCCUACUCUACCGCCCCACUCUGCCGCUCCACUCUGCUGCCCCACUCUGCCGCCCCACUCUGCCACCCCGGACCCUCUGCUGCAGAGGGCGCGGAGCUGCACCACCACCACCUUUCAACGGGGCCGAGACAGCAUCAAGCAGGGAGGGCAAGAAGGACGAGACAGCAUCAAGCAGGGAGGGCAAGAAGGACGAGACAGCAUCAAGCAGGGAGGGCAAGAAGGACGAGACAGCAUCAAGCAGGGAGGGCAAGAAGGACGAGACAGCAUCAAGCAGGGAGGGCAAGAAGGACGAGACAGCAUCAAGCAGGGAGGGCAAGAAGGACGAGACAGCAUCAAGCAGGGAGGGCAAGAAGGACGAGACAGCAUCAAGCAGGGAGGGCAAGAAGGACGAGACAGCAUCAAGCAGGGAGGGCAAGAAGGACGAGACAGCAUCAAGCAGGGAGGGCAAGAAGGACGAGACAGCAUCAAGCAGGGAGGGCAAGAAGGACGAGACAGCAUCAAGCAGGGAGGGCAAGAAGGACGAGACAGCAUCAAGCAGGGAGGGCAAGAAGGACGAGACAGCAUCAAGCAGGGAGGGCAAGAAGGACGAGACAGCAUCAAGCAGGGAGGGCAAGAAGGACGAGACAGCAUCAAGCAGGGAGGGCAAGAAGGACGAGACAGCAUCAAGCAGGGAGGGCAAGAAGGACGAGACAGCAUCAAGCAGGGAGGGCAAGAAGGACGAGACAGCAUCAAGCAGGGAGGGCAAGAAGGACGAGACAGCAUCAAGCAGGGAGGGCAAGAAGGACGAGACAGCAUCAAGCAGGGAGGGCAAGAAGGACGAGACAGCAUCAAGCAGGGAGGGCAAGAAGGACGAGACAGCAUCAAGCAGGGAGGGCAAGAAGGACGAGACAGCAUCAAGCAGGGAGGGCAAGAAGGACGAGACAGCAUCAAGCAGGGAGGGCAAGAAGGACGAGACAGCAUCAAGCAGGGAGGGCAAGAAGGACGAGACAGCAUCAAGCAGGGAGGGCAAGAAGGACGAGACAGCAUCAAGCAGGGAGGGCAAGAAGGACGAGACAGCAUCAAGCAGGGAGGGCAAGAAGGACGAGACAGCAUCAAGCAGGGAGGGCAAGAAGGACGAGACAGCAUCAAGCAGGGAGGGCAAGAAGGACGAGACAGCAUCAAGCAGGGAGGGCAAGAAGGACGAGACAGCAUCAAGCAGGGAGGGCAAGAAGGACGAGACAGCAUCAAGCAGGGAGGGCAAGAAGGACGAGACAGCAUCAAGCAGGGAGGGCAAGAAGGACGAGACAGCAUCAAGCAGGGAGGGCAAGAAGGACGAGACAGCAUCAAGCAGGGAGGGCAAGAAGGACGAGACAGCAUCAAGCAGGGAGGGCAAGAAGGACGAGACAGCAUUAAGCAGGGAGGGCAAGAAGGACGAGACAGCAUUAAGCAGGGAGGGCAAGAAGGACGAGACAGCAUCAAGCAGGGAGGGCAAGAAGGACGAGACAGCAUCAAGCAGGGAGGGCAAGAAGGACGAGACAGCAUCAAGCAGGGAGGGCAAGAAGGACGAGACAGCAUCAAGCAGGGAGGGCAAGAAGGACGAGACAGCAUCAAGCAGGGAGGGCAAGAAGGACGAGACAGCAUCAAGCAGGGAGGGCAAGAAGGACGAGACAGCAUCAAGCAGGGAGGGCAAGAAGGACGAGACAGCAUCAAGCAGGGAGGGCAAGAAGGACGAGACAGCAUCAAGCAGGGAGGGCAAGAAGGACGAGACAGCAUCAAGCAGGGAGGGCAAGAAGGACGAGACAGCAUCAAGCAGGGAGGGCAAGAAGGACGAGACAGCAUCAAGCAGGGAGGGCAAGAAGGACGAGACAGCAUCAAGCAGGGAGGGCAAGAAGGACGAGACAGCAUCAAGCAGGGAGGGCAAGAAGGACGAGACGGCGCCCCCAUGGCCCUCUCCUCUCCUCGUCAAGCACGUCUCUCUCUGGCGCGCUGCACCACCACCACUUCCCCAUGGCGCCGACACAUCCCUCCCUGGCGCGCUGCACCACCACCACUUCUCCUGGCGCCGAGUCAGCUUCAAUCAUGGAAGGCGCGGAGGGCGAAAAGUCGCCCCUAUAGCCCUCUCCUCUCCUCCUGCAGCACAUCCCUCCCUGGCGCGCUGCACCACCACCACUUCCCCCUGGCGCCGAGUCAGCUUCAAUCAUGGAAGGCGCGGAGGGCGAAAAGUCGCCCCUAUAGCCCUCUCCUCUCCUCCUCCUGCAGCACAUCCCUCCCUGGCGCGCUGCACCACCACCACUUCCCCCUGGCGCCGAGUCAGCUUCAAUCAUGGAAGGCGCGGAGGGCGAAAAGUCGCCCCUAUAGCCCUCUCCUCUCCUCCUCCUGCAGCACAUCCCUCCCUGGCGCGCUGCACCACCACCACUCCCCCUGGCGCCGAGUCAGCAUCAUGCAGGGCGGGCAAGAAGGACGGGAUGGCGCCCUGCAAGAGACGGGCCCUCUCCUCCUGCAGCACGUCCCUGAAGCGUGCGCGGUAG